AGUCCCGAGUCCGUUCAGAAAAUCGUCCCCUAGGAACCGAAGCCCUCAACUUCCGGGAGUGCAGAAUGUUUGAUCAGGUGGACGGGCUCCUAGGCUCCCUGUUUCCGGUGGGCGUGCUCCAGGCUAAGUUUAUAUGAACUUCAGCAUGCUCCCAUUACUGCUAGGAGCUGCUGGCAGAAGCCAAGGAGAGCUUCUUCUAUUUUGUCCCGGCUUCGGAGGUGGAAGGGACCCCACGGGUCUGGCCUAGAAGUUAAGUGCUUGGAGAUCUAGAGACAAGUGGACGCUCACAGCUGUGACAGAGGAAAGAGGCAAAUUCCUUGAGCAGACCCUGAGAUCAAGUCCCCAGAAGCCAUCUGCCUCAGGCGUGCAAGACCAGGUACUGCUCCUGGGGAAGGAUGGCCUCCAAGAUGGUGAGAGAGGAUUUUGGUUCUUGCCACCUUGCAAGAGGACCCAAGGAAUAAAGGGCAUGAAUCUUAAAAUUACAGUUUAUCCAGAGAGGGCCAGCAGGCUGAGAAAGCAGGUUAAUCACCGAAAAGACAUGUGUUCCAUACCAUCUCAACCCGGCAGGAUAUAUAAGGUGCAGACAGGGCCACAAGCAAAGAUAGCCAAUAAUCCUGGAGCUCCGUUGCCUCUCUGGUCAGGCGGUCAGCAUGACUACACUUCUCAUGUAAUGGUGUUUGCUUGUUUUGUUACUUUCUUCGCUCUGUCCUCCUCUGCAGAUGUUUGGACUCAGGCACGUGAAACUCAGAGUCUAAUUCGUUUCUACCAACAUCAACCUUAUACUUCUUCAGAGGUACUUGGAAGGGUACAGGGAAGGUGUGCAGGCAGGUAUAUCUGUCUCUCCUGGAUGCCAAGAUUUGAGACGCAGAAGUCUCCCAUGGUUCCUUAUCAUAUCCGCCAGUACCAGGACAGUGACCGUGAAACUGUCGUGGACCUGUUCACCAAGGGCAUGGAAGAGUACAUCCCUGACACCUUUCGCCACAUGCUGCUGCUGCCCCGAACCCUCCUCCUCUUACUUGGGGUGGCCCUUGCCCUGCUCCUGACAUCUGGCUCCUGGCUGCUGGCUAUUGUGUGCGUCUUCUUUCUGCUCCUACUCCUGCGGCUCCUUGUCAGACAGCCAUGGAAGGAGUAUGUGGCCAAGUCUUUGCAGACAGACAUGGCUGACAUCACCAAGUCUUACGUGAAUAGACAUGGCGCCUGCUUCUGGGUGGCUGAGUCUGGGGGGCAGGUGGUGGGCACAGUGGGUGGUCUUCCAGUCAGUGAUCCUCCAAUGGGGAGGAAGCAGCUGCAGCUCUUUCACCUGUCUGUGUCCUCACAGCACCGAGGACAGGGGAUAGCGAAGGCACUAGUCAGAACUGUCCUCCAGUUUGCUCGGGACCAGGGCUACACUGAUGUUGUCCUUGACACCAGCAUCUUGCAGCAAGGAGCUUUGGCCCUCUACCUGGCCAUGGGCUUCCAGAAGACAGGCCAGUACUUCAUCAGUGUGUUCUGGAGGUUAGUGGAUAUUUACUCAAUUCAAUUAAAGUACUCCUUCCCUUCUGCCUAGAAGGGGGCUGUGACCUAAUGCACCUGUGCAGCAGGCGGGCUUCUCUGUACUCUGCUACAGGAACCAGUGAACCCUGUCAUGUCCCUGUGAUUAACAAUAAAAGCUUGCUGGUGCACACAA